AUGGACGGUACGAUGAUACCAGCUGUCGUCCCAACUGAGUUGCGCGAGGCAUAUCGAAAUAGGUUGGGCCGAGCUGCCCAAAAUGUGUUGGCAAUAGUUGACUUCGAUAUGAAAUUUAUAUUUGUUUACACUGGAUGGGAGGGAUCCGCGCAUGAUGCACGUGUGUUCCACCAUGCUGCAAGUGAUCCAAAAGCCCGUUUUCCAUGGCCACCAGAGGGUCAGUAUUAUCUUGUGGAUUCAGCUUAUCCAUGCACUACGGGAUUGCUGCCCCCAUAUCCAAGAGAACGUUAUCACCGGAGUGAUCGUCACAAUCAGAGGGAUUUUCAUGGGUAUAAAGAUUAUUUUAAUUAUCGUCACUCAACAGUUCGCAAUAUUGUAGAACGAACAUUUGGUGUUAUAAAAGAACGAUUCACCAUUCUCUCCAACAUGCCUCCAUAUUCGGUUGGGCGGCAAGGACUGAUUAUUACAGCGUGUUGUGUACUGCACAACUUUAUUAGAACGGUCACCCCCGAUGACUGGAUAUUUCAGACAUAG